AUGGGCUGGCCAGCUAGGAGCUACUACAAGUGUACGACGGCAGGGUGCCCGGUCCACAAGCAUGUGCAGCACGCGUCCGACGACCCGCGCACCGUGAUCACCACCUACGACGGCCACAACCACGACGUGCCCGCCGUGCGCGGCAGCGCCGCACUCCACCAUCCUGCAGCACCACCUGCGGACAGCGCCGGUCAGAACCUUGCCGUGGCCAGCGCCACGCAGCAGACCAUGGUCGACCAAACGGCGCAACAGCAGAUGUUCAGCGGCCAGCGCACGAUCGGCUUCAGCACCGCGCCGGCGCGGAGCAGAACCACGAGCGGCGGCAGCUUCGUCGUCUCUUCGGCCUUGGACAACACUAUGGGUUCGUACAUGAGCCAGCAGCAGGAGAGGCAGCACGCCGCGAUGCACGCGUCGAGGGCUAAGGAGGAGGAGCCCAGAGAGGACAUGUUUUCCCCGCAGUCGACGGACUGA